CUGUCAUUGGUAAAGCAUCGGCAAAUCAAUUCACUUAUUAUCCAUACAUUUUUUUCCUGCUAAAUCAUAAAAAAAAUCCAUUAUAUAGCCAAUAAUUAACGAUAAAAACUUUGAAAACUGUGUUAAGAAGUAAAAUCCAGUGAAAUGGCAGAUGUUUUGGAUAUUGAUAAUGCCGAAGAGUUUGAGGUCGACGAAGACGGUGACCAAGGUAUUGUUCGAUUGAAGGAAAAGGCCCGUAAACGUAAGGGACGUGGUUUUGGUACCGAAAGCAAUGUUCGUGAACACAUUCAAAAUUAUGAACGCGUUCGAAAUGAUGACGAUGACGAAUUUGAGCCGGGUCCACAGCGUUCAGUCGAAGGUUGGAUCUUGUUUGUGACAAACAUUCAUGAAGAAGCACAAGAAGAUGACAUCCAAGAGAAAUUCUGUGAAUACGGUGACAUCAAAAACAUUCACUUGAACUUGGACCGACGUACCGGUUUCUUGAAGGGAUACGCUCUGGUCGAAUACGAAACAUAUAAACAAGCGCAAGCAGCACGUGAAGCAUUGAACACCAGUUUAAUCUUGGGCCAGGCGAUUUCAGUUGACUGGUGUUUCGUCAAGGGACCGAAGAAAACCAAAAAGACAGAACGACGCCGAAGAUAAAACAAUUUACUCGUCAAUUUUUUUCCCCUUCACUACAGUUUUGAUUUAAUGGCAUUUUGUCAAGCCAAAAUGAAACUCAUACCGA